CAACGCUACUAGCAUUUUGCGAGCAAGAGCUUGUCUGUCAUAUAUAAUUGCCUUUGCCGGUAUUGUUGAGUCAUUGUCGAUCGUAGCUGGUCCCAAUAUGGUUCAAAACAGCGAUUUUAUCAAAAUAGCAGGGGCAAUUGCUUUGCCUCAGCUUGGAGGAUGGGUCAACGGCUAUCUAACACGACAGGAAAUUAAAGGUUGGUACCAGAAUCUGAACUUUCCGUCCUAUCGUCCUCCGAACUGGAUUUUUGGACCGGUAUGGACUUCGCUGUAUGCUGGCAUGGGAUACGCUUCGUAUCUGGUAUGGAGAGAUGGCGGUGGCUUCAGUGGCAUUGCACAGGGUCCACUGGUUCUGUACGGAACUCAGCUUGCCUUAAAUUGGGCAUGGACUCCAAUAUUUUUCAAACGACAUGAAUUGAAAUGGAGCUAUGUGGAGCUAGGUGCCUUGACUGCCGCUGUAGCGGCAACAGGAUUUGCAUUUUUUAAUGUAAACAAAGUUGCUGGAUAUUUAUUUGUCCCAUACUUUGCUUGGUGUUCAUUUGCAACGUUGCUUAACUACAAGAUUUUCAAGCUUAAUCCAGAGUCUAAUGCUACAAUUAAGGAGGUGAAAGAGAAUAAGGAAAAGAAGAAAUAAUUUUAAAACCAGUUUGAGACCUUCGACUUUCAAUAUAAAAAAUGAAUUGUAUUUUUGUUUGAUAACUUUAUCGAAGCAAUGUUGUAGUUAGUAAAUGGUUAAGUUUGAUGGUAUUAAAUAAAAACCUCCAAAAAUGUGCAAAAGCU